AUCUUAAAUGUUCAAAGACGCGCGCCGUCAUUCGUUUCAACUCGAUCGAUUCGUUUUCAAUACGUAAACCGGUUUAUACUGACGAGAUUUGUUCAUGAUACCACUUUCAAUUUUUACGAGGUUCGACUAUAGACCGGCUAUUGCGUCUUUGUGCCGAGUAUAAUAAGGUAUAAUAAGGUAUAAUACUUGUUGCCAGAUCUCUUAGUCGGACUGCGCUCCUAGCCAAGUCUUAUCAACCUAUUGUCUAACGUGUACUUUUACAUAUUCACGAAUGGCCAAAUCUAAGACUAAUCGUAUGGGUAUAACCUAGCUGCUUUUUCGUUGGCGCACUUCGUUCCCGGUUCCUUGGAUUUAGGUGUCGGACAAGCUAGAGAGACUGUCUUGCGUCGAGUUGCGACUUGAGACUUGCGGCUUGCGACUUACAACCGGGCUGUUCAAAAGAUCUGCAUCUGGAUAUCUGUCCACCCCGGAAACCCUCCUGUGCUAGACGAAGAAAAGAACGGACCUUGUUAACCUACACAUUUCUCCUAAUUGUCCAGAUCGUAUUACACGUCUGACCUCUUCCUUACUCAAAGGAUCCUAAAGGACAUUCAUACAUACACUUUUCGAGCCUCGGACUGAUCCACCGGCGAAUUUCUGGGUUCUCAUUCUGCACGCUAUGACCGCGCCACACCUAAACGGCACCAAUGGGGUGCAGUCUCCCAAUAAUAGGACCAUGAAGCCUAGGUUCUUCGAGGAUUAUGGGAUUUGGAAGCAGGCUCCUGUAUUGACCGGGACCACAAAGUUCGAGGCCUUACCAGAUGUCAAGAAUAUUAUGAUCACUGGUGGUGCCGGCUUUAUAGCUUGUUGGCUCGUCCGUCAUCUCACCUUGACCUACCCCGAAGCCUACAAUAUUGUCUCCUUUGAUAAAUUAGAUUAUUGCUCAUCAUUGAACAACACCCGUAUGCUCAAUGAUAAGAGGAACUUUACAUUCUACCAUGGAGAUAUCACCAACCCUUCCGAAGUGCUCGAUUGUAUGGAGCGCUUCAACAUCGACACUAUAUUCCAUUUUGCAGCUCAGUCACAUGUCGACUUGAGCUUCGGGAACUCGUAUGGAUUUACUCACACGAACGUGUACGGUACUCAUGUUAUGCUAGAGAGCGCGAAGAAGGUUGGAGUGAAGCGAUUUAUUCACAUAUCUACUGAUGAAGUAUAUGGCGAGGUUAAAGACGACGAUGAUGAUCUAAUGGAAGCGAGUAUUCUAUCUCCAACUAAUCCUUACGCCGCGAGCAAAGCCGCCGCCGAAAUGCUUGUGAACUCUUAUAUGAAGAGCUUCAAGCUUCCAGUCAUUAUUGUCAGAAGCAAUAACGUCUACGGGCCACAUCAAUUUCCCGAAAAAAUAAUUCCUAAAUUCAUCUGCUUGUUGAAUCGUCAGAGGCCGACGGUACUCCACGGUGAUGGGAGCCCUACCCGAAGAUAUUUAUAUGCUGGCGAUGCGGCUGAUGCGUUCGAUACGAUCCUACAUAAAGGCACUCUCGGCCAGGUCUAUAAUGUAGGAUCACACGACGAGAUUUCUAACAUCCAGCUAUGUAAAAUGGUGUUGAAAGAGAUGGACAUCCCUCACGAGAGUCAAGAAGACUUCAACAAGUGGGUUAAAUAUACGCAUGAUAGACCAUUCAACGAUCAUAGAUACGCCAUCGACGCUACUAAACUUCGACAUCUCGGUUGGGACCAGAAGACUUCUUUCGCUGAUGGGUUAAAGAUCACUGUUGACUGGUAUAAACGGUUCGGCGAAGAAUGGUGGGGUGACAUUAGCAAAGUCCUCAGCCCCUUUCCGAUUGUCGUUGAAGCUGAAGUGGUAUCUGAUAAGGAAGAGAUUUGUGAUGAGCCUCAGUUACCAAAGAAACGGAAGUCGCCUGGGUAGUGGUUAUACAACCGGAGUUCACCCCCAGAUGGGAAGAACCUCCGUAGGUGGUUAUCCGGCACUAUCAUAAUGGGAAAUGCAAUGGUGCGAAUUGGGAUGAUCUGCGCAAUGAACCCCAAGAUUUUGGGUUAUAGAGUGUGUUGUUAUAAGCAGCGUCAUAGACGGAAGAUGCAAGCGGCGUGAAGAAUAUUCCCAUUGCUACUUGAACGAAAGAUUUUCAUCAAGUAUUCGGUAAAGCUAGAUUAGAGGCUAUGAUGAGCUCGUAAUAAACUUACUGUAAACUUAGUGUAGUUAGUUAGAGGUAACUAUAACAUGUUGUGAUAAUGUCUAGGUGUAAGUAAGGGUUGUGGUUAAACGGUCUGCUAAUCGCGCUUCGGCCUGCAUGAUAUACGCAUGGAAAUAUCAUUACAUUGUGCAAUUCUCUCCUAUUCGGGACUACUUAAUCCGGUAUUUCGGGGAUUAUUAGGAUUAUUAGCGAUGCACGUCCGAACCGGAAAUCGCUUCCAGCAUAUCACGACUGCAGCUGGGGGCCCAUGGUUCGAUUGAAAACUUCCAAAGCCGGGGGUUUUCAGUUGACCAGCCUGUCAAACUGGGGACAUAUGUACUUUACUGCGUACAUACGGUACAUAGUGUCGGCUGUUUAUCCAAUGAAAUCGACAGCGUAGAGCCGAAACCUCGACAUUCCU